AUGUCCGCAGACUUCGAUCCCGCAGCUCGUAUGGCCAAAAUCUCUUACGAAAUCCGUGAAGCCAUCCGUGCUGCUCUGCCAGCUCCUCCAGAGCAAUUCUUCACCGUGAUGGUCCCAGGGAAGGUUCUCAAUCUCAAGGAAUACAUGGGUGGCUUCGACAUCGACGGCAACGAGACCACACCCGUUCUCCCUAGUAAAACCGAACUCGCUCAGGCCAUGCUAUGCGAUGAUAUGCCGACCUACUCUACCAUUCAGCUUGGCCCCACCGGGAGAUCUGUUGCUCGUAGCUACGGAGCGGCACUUUCUAAAUUAGUACCUGCAGGCACCACCGUUGGAGUGGACACAUCUGGGAAGAAACUUAGCGACUCUCAACUGCGAUACAAGAAGGCCAUGGAAUGGCUCACUGCUGAAGACCCCAAGACGCACCAGUCCCGAGUCGAAACCUACACCAAGAAGCAGUAUGCCUAUACCAAGGUCGUCGAGGAAAAAACCAAGGCGUUCAAUACAGCACUCGAAGAGGCAAAGCGUAAUGCUGUCGAUCCGAGCAAUAUGGAAAAUGUUCGUGCCAUAUACGACAACUGGGUCAAUGAGAAUGCUCGAACGUACAGGAACUUCGUGCAAGCUGCGUAUAUGGACUGGGUUAUCACGGGGAAGAAGGAGGAGGUCGAGUACUACUUCUCGGUUGUGGAUCAGGAUUCGGCAUUGGCGAGGGUGGAGCAGAGCAAGGAAGCCAUGCGUGCUAUGGUCAUACAGGAUUCCGAUGGCUCCGUUGAGUACCAAAAAGUUCGCUUGACUCCAUCUUGCUGGGCUGCCUACGCGAUGAAGAAGGCCAAAAGCGGUACUGACGGUGUUCGUACUGUGGAAUGGUAUACUUGGGAAAUCUCGAGGCUUCAGAAAAUGAAUGCCUUGCUCAGGACGCUGGAGGACCUUCCAGAGAAGGACACCAACAGCGUUCCCCAGAGUGAUACCAAAGUCAACGAGAGCCUUAAAACUGUAAUCAAGGCCUUUGUAGAAGCAAGCGACGCAUAUAAGAACACGGAGGCAAAGGAGGACGCGACACCUAAGGAGAAACAGGACGCUUUGAAGACUUACACCGACGCGAAAACGAAGAUGCAAGAGGAAAUGGAGAAGGCCAGUAACUCCGAGAUCCAGAGUCUCUCUAAACUCUCUGGAAAUGCUGAGGAGAAAGUGCGGCAGCAGCUGCGAGGCACAACUGGGCUUGCGCAACGAGAGAGGAUACAGAACGAGAACUUGAUCGCAACCUACAUAUCAGAUAGGGACGCUCUCAUGACUGAGAAAUCGAAGGGAAAGAAUGGGGUUGCGGAGGCUCUUGCUAACUCUGCAGAUAUUCCUAAACCCGCUCCCGAUCCUGCGUCGAACCAGCCGAAGGACAAAGCACUCGACUUCUUCACGCCCAUCAGUCUCGAUAUCUCUGCUUCUAGCUCUGAGGAUAAAGCGUCUUCAAGCGCUUCGGCUAUGUCGUUUGGGGCGAGCUAUAGCUAUGGCGUGUGGUCCCCGGUUAGUGCUAGUGUGGAGGGUAAACACUCAAAUGCGAACUCGAAGGCGGAGCACAGUAUGGCGAGUAACUCGUGCAAGAUAUCUUUUGAGUGUAUGAGGGUGGAUAUUACGCGGCCGUGGUUGAGGGCAGAGCUUUUUUAUGAUGCCGAUUUGACUGUUCCUCCUGGAGAGUUCAUCUCUCCUGGUGUCGGUCGCAUGCGGGAUUUGAUGGAAGCGAAAACUGGUCAAAGCCCGGCAGACCAUACUACGGAAAUGAGCCGAUACAGCACAUUCCCCAUGUAUCCUACUGCUUUCCUCCUGGCUUGCAAUGUCGUUCUGGAGAUUAGUGGUGAAACAACCCAUGUCCAGUCACAUUUCUCGUCAUCCUCGACAUCUGCAAAAGCAAGUGUUAGUUAUGGACCGUUCAAGGUGUCUGCCGAUUACUCUCACACGGAGUCUCAAGCGAGUACGAAAUGUGAGGCGACUUCUACCGGCUGUCGUAUUACGAUGAAAUCCCCACAGAUCAUUGGGUGGAUCUCUCAAAUGCUUCCGGCCCUCCCACGUCUGACACCUGAACAGCAACAAGCCAUUAUUGCGAAGCAAGAAGAGUUGAAAAAUGCGAAAUUGAAGGACGAUAUCAACAAAAUGGACGCAAAAAAGGAGGAUAACAAAGCCAAGGAGACAGAGGCGUAG